AUGGCCUGCAAAACUUCUGCUACAGCUUCCAUGCUCCAAUCUCCCUCAUUUAGUUCACAACAUGGAUUAGUUGAUUCAGCUAUAUCCUCCAUCAUCAACUCUAGUGCUCGUUAUUACAACCCUAAUAAUGCUCUAAACUUAUCUACACACCAAGUUUCAAGACCGCAACAAUUCUACUUCCCCAACUCAUCCAUUUCAACCUUGAAUUCUCACCCCACAAUCACUUUAGACCUUACAACACCUCCAACUUCUUCCUCAAACUCAAGCUUCACUUGCAUGCCAAAAUACUCAUCAACAAACCUUAACUUUUCCUCAGGUUUCUCUCCUCUACAUUCUCAGCAUUCUUUCCCUAAUCCCAUUGUUGCUGCAACUGAGGCAAUAAUCAGAAGCAACCCAAAAUUUCAAUCAGCACUAGCAACUGCUCUCACAACAUAUGUUGGCAAUGAAGCUAGUAGUGGUAGGACAAGAGAAAAUCAUGUUCUUGAGAGUGCAGAACUAAUGAAGUUAAAGUUGCUACGUAGUGAAAAUAGUAUAGGAAAUUCAAGAAACUUCGAGCUGAGAAGUUGGAGCGAUGAAGUUGAAGAGGUGAGGUCAAUGCCAAAGAAAGGAGCUUCAAUGGAAGAAGGGGUAGGGCUUCAAUGUCAAAGAGCUGAGGUCAAUGUCAAAGAAAGGAGCAAGCAGAAAGGUGUAGGGUUCACAGCAAGGAGAAAGCAAGCAGAAAGCUCUAGGGUUCACAGCAAGGAGAAAGCUAGCAGAGGUACGUACAGCCACGAGGUUUCUAUGCUUGUUUUUGGUAAGCUUUGUGUUGUUGCUCGUGUGGUUCGUGCCUUUGAUGAUCUUGUAUUUGACGUACAUGGUGAGAAAAUGGAUAGGAGGUGGCCCCGUGUCUUUGGAAACUUCAUGGAUAUGCGUACCUAG